AAUCCAGUUCCGUCUUUCGCUUCGGCUGGCUUCGGGCACUUCGGGCUUCGGUCCAUUUCGGUCGUCUCCGCAGUGAGCAGCGUCGGAUCUCUGUUUUGGCGCAUCGAGUGUCGCACUUGGCGUGGUGUUUCUUCGCAGAAUGCAGUGAAUGAGCCCGUUAUCCGGGCUGCCGCUAGCAAUGUCAGCAAUAUAUCGUAGCGCCUGGGCGGUCGCCAGGACGGCUAGUCGUCACCCCGUCCGGUUUCCAGCCAUCACACACGCUCGCGGAGGUCUGGCUGCGGGUCCCAUCCUUCAGACGAGAUGGCAGCACUACAACUUUGGUCACAAGAAGCCGAAGCCGUCGACGAAGUUUGACAUCUUCCACACAGUACUGAUGUGUUUCGGGGGCAGCGCUCUCUUCAUCGAUUUCGAGUGGUGCUGGGAUAAAACCUUGCAGGGCGCAAAAGCUGUCCUGAAGUUCUUCAGGGUAUCUGCCGACAGCAGUGUCCAACACCCGGACAGUGAAGAGGAGGACAAGGAGUCCGACGUGGAAGAGACCAAGGGAAAGGGGAAGGGGAAGAAAAAGAGGGACAAACCUGGUUUCCGGGACAGAAAGAUAAUCGAAUAUGAGAAUCGCGUUCGGGCUUAUUCGACUCCGGACAAGAUAUUCCGGUACUUCGCUACGAUGCGAGUUUACAACGAAAACGGGGACUCCGAGAUUUUCAUGUCCCCCCAAGAUUUCCUCCGUUCCAUCACUCCCGGAACCAAACAACCUGAAGGUUUUGGCCUCGAUCAGUACAAGAGGAUCGAUAUCAGGACCGAUAACCUUUCUGGAAGUGGGUACAAGGUCUCGGCUGACAUGGACGAAAAGGCAUUUGUGGGCCUCAGCAAAGACAGCAUCUUCUACAAGCUGAGCUCAUCUGGACUGAUCAGCUUCUCCGAUUACAUCUUUCUGCUGACAAUUUUAUCAGCUUCCAAACGUCACUUUGAGAUAGCCUUUCGCAUGUUUGACCUGAAUGGAGACGGGAAUGUUGACUACGACGAGUUCGAGAAAGUGCAGAUGGUCAUAAGGAACCAGACGAGCUUUGGCAUGCGUCAUCGCGACCAUCAGAACACGGGCAACAUCUACCGGGGCGUGAGCAGUGCCCUGUGCAACUACUUCUUCGGGCCUAAGCUGGACAAGAAGCUCACCGUCGAGAGGUUCCUCAACUUCCAGCGCGAGCUGCAGUCAGAGAUCCUCACACUCGAGUUUAUGAGGAAGGAGCCGAACGAUCAGGGUCUUAUCCGGGAGUGGGACUUUGCCGACUUGCUCCUGACGUACGCCGGCCUGACCGACAAGAAGAGGUCCCGCAUGGUCAAGCGUGUUAAGAAGAAGUUCAAGGGACAGUCAGAGGGGAUCAGUUUGGAAGACUACUUGCAGUUUUUUCACUUUCUGAACAACAUCACGGAGGUGGACACAGCGCUCACUUUUUAUCAUAUUGCGGGGGCCUCCAUCGACGAAGCCACCUUGAAGCAUGUUGCAAAGACCGUAGCCCAUGUUGAUCUCAGGGACUACGUCAUCGAUGUCAUUUUCACCUUGUUCGACGAGAACAUGGACGGACAACUGAGCAACAAAGAGUUUGUGUCUGUGAUGAAGGAAAGGCUUCACCGGGGGCUGGAGAAGCCAAAGGACACUGGAUUUGUGAAGCUCAUCAAUUCGGCCGUGAAAUGUGCGAAGCUCAAGAAACCUGUGCUGCUUGAUAUUUGAACUUCCUUGGCAAACGACUCCCAUCUCUCUGUCUCUGGGAGUUUCGGCACGACCGCCGACUUUUGAAGCUUCGUGCUAGGUUACAGUAACCUCGUAGACUGCUUGCUGAAAAAUGUUGAGCCGGUGCUUGUAGAGUUUUGAGUGCUCCGUAGAAAGAACGCUGUGCCGAAAUAAAUUUGUUUGUUCUGAAA